CGCAAGCGCAAUAGAAGCUGUUGGACUUCCUGUAAUAUUUAUAACACACGUUUUGAUGGAAAGCUGACAUAAUUUUUCAAUAUGAAACCCAUUCUUUUACACGGACACGAGCGGUCAAUAACACAAAUAAAAUAUAGCAGAGAGGGAGAUUUAAUAUUUUCUGCCUCAAAAGACAACCAGCCCAAUGUAUGGUAUUCCUUAAAUGGAGAAAGAUUGGGAACUUUUCAGGGCCAUAAUGGAGCAGUGUGGUGUAUAGAUGUAAAUUGGGACACUACUAGGUUUCUAACUGGCAGUGCAGACAACACCUGUAAACUUUGGGACUGUGAGACAGGAAAGAAUCUGAACACACUUGAUGUCAAGAAUGCAGUGCGAAGUUGUGGGUUUUCCUACAGUGGAAAGUUGCUUAUGUACAGUACAGAUAAGACCAUGGGACACCCGUGUGAAAUCCAUAUAUUUGAUGUGAGCGACUCCUCACAAAUGAGAAGUGGAGAGCCUAUGAUGCGAAUCCCUAUUUCGGGCUCCAAGAUCACAUCAGCAGUGUGGGGUCCCAUGGAGGAGUACAUUGUAGCUGGGACAGAGACCGGGGAAAUAUGCCAGUAUGAUGUCAAGACUGGGGAGAAGAUUCACGAAGUAAGGGAGCACUCGAAGCAGAUCAAAGACCUCCAGCUGUCCCUGGACAGUACCAUGCUCAUCUCUGCAUCCAAGGACACCACUGCAAAGUUGUUUGACACAGCAUCCCUGGACCACAUGAAGACGUACAAGACAGAGAGACCUGUGAACUCUGCUGCAAUCUCCCCGCUCCAGGACCAUGUGGUACUGGGUGGAGGUCAAGAAGCGAUGGAUGUAACAACGUCGUCAACGAGGAUCGGCAAGUUUGAUGCCCGAUUUUACCACCUGAUCUUUGAGGAGGAAUUCGGAAGGGUCAAAGGUCACUUUGGGCCAAUCAACAGUCUCGCCUUCCAUCCAGAUGGAAAAAGCUACAGCAGUGGGGGAGAGGACGGUUAUGUACGUGUUCACUACUUUGACCAGGAAUACUUUGACUACAGAUUCGAGUUCUAGACCCAACAACUUCUGAGAUCUUUAUUGUGUGUCAAGACCUUUAGUGCUUAAAUUUGAAAGGAAAACCUGCAAAUAAUUACCAAUUGUGCAUAAAAAAACGUGCAGUUAAAGGACAUGACAGUUAUUUACUCUUUUGCGUGUCCUUGUGAAUUAUGUAAAGUAAUAGCUUAUUUAAAUAAAAAGCUGGAUCGAUGGA